CCAAACCCCCACACAUUUCUCUCUUCAAUCCCCAAAAAAACCCACAAAACCAAAACCAUGACGAACAUGUUCCAAGAUUGGCCGGAACCAGUGGUCCGAGUCCAGUCCUUAUCCGAAAGCAACCUCAGAACCAUACCCGACCGCUACAUCAAGCCUCUCUCCCUGCGUCCAACCCUAACCACCCACUCUGCCCUCACUGUUCCCAUCAUCGACUUAUCCUUCAUAUCCUCAGCCGACAAAUCUCUACGAGACGAAACAAUGGAUAAGAUCUCGAGGGCUUGCAGGGAAUGGGGAUUUUUCCAAGUGGUGAACCAUGGGGUGAGCCCUCGUCUCAUGGAUCGAGCCAAAGAGGCGUGGAGAGAGUUCUUUCACCUUCCCAUGGAGCUUAAGCAAGUCCACGCUAAUUCUCCGAGGACUUACGAAGGCUAUGGGAGCCGGUUGGGCGUCGAAAAAGAUGCUCCUCUUGAUUGGAACGACUACUACUUUCUUCAUUAUCGUCCUUCUUCUUUGAAGGACUACGCCAAAUGGCCCUCCUUGCCACUUGGUUGCCGGAAAGUAAUCGAGGAUUAUUGCAAAGAGCAGGUGAAAUUGUGCGAGAAGCUGUUGAGGAUAUUAUCGGUCAACCUUGGAUUAAAAGAGGACCGGCUUCAGAACGCAUUCGGUGGUACGGACGAAGCAGGAGCAUGCAUGAGGGCUAAUUAUUACCCAAAAUGCCCUCAGCCGGAGCUCACCCUCGGCCUCUCGCCGCACUCUGAUCCCGGCGGCUUGACCGUUCUCUUGCCUGACGACCAUGUUGCCGGUCUCCAGGUCCGCCGAUCCGACCAGUGGAUCACCAUCGAACCGGCUCCUCACGCUCUUAUUGUCAACAUCGGCGACCAAAUUCAGGUGUUGAGCAAUGCGAUAUAUAAGAGCGUGGAGCAUAGGGUGAUGGUGAAUUCGGCUAAGGAGAGGGUGUCUUUGGCUUUCUUCUACAACCCUAAGGGCGACGUCAUGAUCGAGCCGCUGGAUGAGAUCGUGACCGUUGAUUCUCCGGCUAUCUAUUUCUCUCCCAUGACUUACGACCAGUACCGUUUGUUCAUCCGUACGCAGGGCCCACAACGCAAAUCCCACCUCGACGUCCUUACAUCUCCCCGAUGAUGAUCAUGAUCAUGAAUCCCACAUCGACGUCCUUACAUCUCCUCGAUGAUCAUCAUAUGUUAAUAAUAAUAAUAAUAAUAAUAAUAAUAAUAAUAAUAAUAAUAAUAAUGGUGGAAAGGUGACAAUGUGUUUUAAGUUCGGAUCUUGAUGUGACAACGUGGUAGUGUGUUUUACCAAAAAAAAAAAACGUGGUGGUGUUCAUGCAUGCACAUAAAUAAUCAAACGUUACGUACGUGGGAUGGGCCUGACACACUUAUCAGAUGUUAAAGAGGCCCAUUUAUUAAUUAUUAAAGGCCCAUUAGCUUACUUGUUGAAGGCCCAUUUUAAUUAGAAAUAAGAAUGAUGGUUGUUCAUUUACUA